CCCAGAGGCACGCGCAAAAGCGCAGACACACCUCCUCCUCUGCCUCCGUCGCACGCAAACACACGCACGUACAAGGACACGGGGCGAGUGUGGGGAGCAUCACUGGGCGAAGCAGACGCGACAUGUCCGGCGGCGACAGGGACGAGCGCUCGGCUCCGUGGGGCUCCCGGCGGGUGGCGUAGGGCCGAAGCUGCAGCCCACGGACCCUCUGCACCAUGUCCACCGCAUCCGAGCUGCCCACGGACGACACGGUUGUGUUGAUCUUGAACCACACCAAAUGGAAAACCUUAAGGUUUCUUUAAGAUGACUCGAACGCAUCCCCCUGAUAUACUGGCAUCAACCUUGUAUGGGGACAUUACUCCAAAUCCCAUCACCGAACACUCAGUUUCUCUCCACUCCUCCCAGCAAUGUGACUCAAAAAUGAUUGACAAACCAGAAAUCAUCAACAAAAGACACUGUCGUAGCUUUGACUUCAUUGAGUCACUGGAUGACCCGCAGUCCUUUUCUUCCCCAAUGGAGUAUCCUUACAAAAGGUCUGAGCAUCAGGCUUUAAACAAAGAGCUGAUGUGGAAUGGACUAGAUCAAUCAGGCCAUCUUCGCUUUUCAUCCCCUGAUUUGUUUAACACCAGACAGUUUCAGCAUCAAACCAUCCAAGACAAAACCAGCCAUCUUACAUGGUCUGAUUCUAAAAAGCGAAACAGAUCUAAAAGCACCCCAAGAGUUAAGGCCACCCUCACACCUGUGCCUAUCUCAGUGUCUCCUCCAGGAGCCACAAAGGGAAGAGAUGUACCUCAGGCUUCAUCAGAUACCUUGAGGACUUCUGAAGUUCACAGGGAAUCAUACUCCUCAAACAGGGCCUUGUUGAAUGAGGUUCAUCCUAUCAAAUUACAGCCCCACUCUCCCCUCUACGUCUCAGACUGCUUUGAAGAGGAUAAACCCGAUAAACCAGCUGUAAGUCCACACGUCAGGUGUCGUGUAGACAUUAAACCUGAUGCUUCUGUGCUCCAGCAUACAUCUAGGCAAGUUCCCAAUGCACGGACUGAGCAUCUUUGGCAGAGAUAUUCUCAGGCCGGUAGCAGUAGAGGUUUGUAUGUACCACAGCAGAUUGUAUCCUCACCAACGCCCACUCCGAGCGAAUGCUGCAGCGGAGAUUUUAGACAAGGAUACCACUAUACCACCAGCAUGUCUCCCAUUUCUUACCAGCAUCUCGACAUGCACAGAAUGGCGUCACCGACAGCACCAUAUUUAAGCCAAGAACAAAGAGCUUACUCAAAUCCUAACAUACCUACCAAGUUUUUCUACACGGAGGACCCAGUGCGUUAUCCAGUCCAUCCCUAUUCGAGAGGAUACUUUCAGGACGAUCGCUCCAGUUUAACUAGCCAUGGGAGUACUAUGACUAGCCAGUAUGAGCCAAGGACUCGAUGGGUGCACACCCUUCCUGUUAGGCCGUAUUACGCAGACCACCUUUCCAACAGAGAUAGAGGACACUCUGUAUAUGCUAGGCCUUACUCCACAAGUGAGGCAGGGUCAUACUUUUCUCAGACCCCACUGUCUAGACUGUAUUGUGGUGAGGACAGUCGGUGCAAUCCAUACCAGUUAAACAGCUCAAGGUUGUUUUAUUCCAAACCAUUCUGUUCUCCUGAGGAGCAGUACUUUUCAUCAAGACCAUAUCACACAGAGGGUCGUCGACGCCCACGGAUGUCCCAGGCCUUUUCAGAUGACUGGUAUCGCUCAAGUAUAGCUGGUUACUCCAACCAGUCCUCUCAACACACACCAUCAAGAGUAAUGCAGGACCCCAGCAUACCAUCGUGGUUCACUGGCAGUUCUGUGGAGGCAAGUAGACUAGGAGCAGAGGUGAAAAAUCACUCCAAGUCUUUUGACAACAUUCUGUACCCACGGCAUACCAGAGAGCAGUCAGUGCCUCGUGGGCAAAGCUAUGAGAACCUGUUUUACCAAGCAAAGCAUGGAGGGGCUUCUGAGGUGACUUCUCAGCCUGUUAUAGUUAACCUUUCAAGCUCACCAAAGCGCUAUGCUGCCCUGUCACUCUCUGAAAACUCCUUAGAGAGGAGCUCAAGCAGUCCGUGGAAGAACACCAAAAGUGGGCACUGGUUUGUAACACCCGAGAUAACCAUUACAGACAAUGACAUAUGUGCAGGCAACAGCAAGAGGCAUGAUGUGCAUUCUGUCACCUGGGACACACUUGGUGAUGAUACAACCCCAUCUUCAAGAGCAGUGCAUCAGAAACAGCCGUCCAACGCAGCAGACGUACCCAAAGACAGGAAACACAACAACUUUUCCCUUCAGCAGAGUUUAGAGCAGCUGGAUGAACUCCUGGCAGAUUUAGUCAUUGAUUACAAACCACCAACUAGCAGAAAGUCAAGUGAAGACCUGUUAGACCAGCUCAAACACCUGAUAACUGAAGAUGUUGAAAAAGACAGAGUGUCUUUGGGAAACGUAGGAUGUGGGAACACACAGCUACCAUCCUCGAAAUCCAGCCCAGAAACAAACAAAGACCCUGACAGCGGGUGUGAUGCUUUACAAAGGAGUGCAGAAGAAUGUUCUCCAGACCACAGCACAGAUGAAGACGACACUAUGGUCUGCGCUAACAAGAAGUGCAACCGGAUUGAGAGUAUGUUCAAUGCCUGCUUGUACUUCAAAUCAUGUCACAGUUGCUACACCUUUUACUGCUCCCGAAACUGUCGCAGAGAUGAUUGGGAGACCCACAAAGAGGCCUGUCUGUAUGGCCGUGUCAGCAGUGUGUGUCGACACACUCUUAAGUUCUGCAGAGAGAAUUCAGAGAUCCACAAAGCUUUCUCUCGCGUUGCUAAAGCUGGCUACCUCUCCAGAGGCAGGGGCGUUCUCUUUCUGGGUUUUGCUAAUCCAGAGACAGCUGACAACUUUCUUCAGGUGGGACUUGAGAGCCUCCUCAUGUCUCCUACAUACUUAUCUCUGCGAGAGCUGGAUGGCUUUAAGGACAACCUAGGUGAAUACUGCAGGGAACUGCUGCAGGCAGGAAACGAGUAUGACCCCAAUGAAUGUUUCCUUCUGAAUGUAUCCAUUGCUGUUGGUGAGCUAGUGCCUAACAGACCUUCUCCAAGGGUCCAAACACCAACAGUUCGCAAAUAUGCAAAGGUGUCAUUGGCCUCUUCAAGCCCCGACAAAAAGGUACUAAAGAAAGACAGUGAAAUGGAAACUCUCAUCCUCACUCCACCUCCAGGCACACCGGACAUUGACAAGGAGGGGGAGGAGGGAAGAAAAGCUAGAGAAGUGUGCUUUGUCAAUAUCCAGCGUGAGCUCAGGACCAGGGGAGUCUUCCUUCGUCAUGAGUACCCCAAAAUCUACAACCAGCUCUGUGAGUUUGUGGAAAGCAACAAAAGGUUCACUCCUACUACGAUUUAUCCUAUUGAUAAACGAUCAGGGAAACAGUUUAUGUGCAUGAUCAUGGCUGCGUCUGAGCCAAGAACCCUAGACUGGGUGGGUACCCCUCAUCUCUUGGAUGAUAUUAUAUAGUGCAGGAUUAAAUAGUGAUGAUUAUGAUGUCAGUAGGCCUACGCUAUGUAUAUACUGUAAAAUAUGAUGUGAUUUAGAAAAGUCUGCUAUUGAAAUAUACGACCAAUCUCUUUCUGUCUUUUAUUUCUCUCUAUUGCAACAUGAACACACACGCACGCAUGCACGUACUCACACAAACACACAGACAUGGAGACAGUAUAUUCGACACAUGUUAGAGGUUACCUUUUGGCUUGUAUUUGAUCCUUCUGAUUUACAGUAAAGGCCUGCAUGUAGAUUAGGCACGAACCCAGGUAUCUAGGAUGCAGACACGUAUGAUCUGUGCACUUUCUGCAGAGAAUGUAUGAAGCACACAAUCGUCAUCUAAGCCUCAUUCCCUUCACUUUAUAGUAGACACAGCCAGCUCUCAUAUUGUCAGAACCUCCCAUUUUUGAUUUUUCCUGCAUAUGUUAGAAAUUUAUAUUAUACCUUGUUUCGGUGGUUGUAUUACUACAACGGUUUCCUAGUACCUGCGUAUUAUUUCCUACGUAUACUGUAUUUGUGAAGGUAUUUUUUUAUAAUUGCUUAGAGAUAUUGCUUCGUAGAUGAAGAAGUACAAUCAGUUCACCUAUUUUUUGCCACUUUACUUUCACUGCCAUUCUAAAAUUUGUUGAAGUUGAUUUAAUCUUGUGAUAAGACUUGAUGUCAUUCUUAUAUAAAUUGCUUUGUUCGAAAGUGGCCUUCAGUCGUGAAAAAGAAAAUGCAUUUGACGCAAAGCAAUGUAUAGAUUUAGCUGUUUCAAAAGGCUUGACAGCUGUUGACUUAGGUUGUUUGAAUUACCAUUGUAAAUGAACAAUUAUUUUGCUCAAAGCAUGUUAUUUAUAUUCAGGUAUUUUAAAAUUGAUAUUGCUUAUAAUUAUUUAUUAUUUUAAUGAGAGUCCAAUUUAUGCUUAGAGAUGUAAAAGGUAUAUAAAUAGAUAUAUUGAGUAUUAGAGAAUUUGAACAUCAUGACCUUGAGACCUUAUUGUAAUUAUUAAGACAGUAUGUUGUUUAACGAUAUGCAAUAAAAGAGCAACGUAACAUCUAUAUUGAUAGCUCCUAUUUUAUUAUUCACAAUUAAUUCCUUAAAACCAGGAGGUAAAAAACUGGUUUGCACUGAAACAUAAAUUAUAAAAUGAGAAUAAUUGUUACACAGCUGCAGCACCAUAAUGACCAUGCCUGCUUCCAUUGUUAUUGUUGACUAAUCUAAGGUUGCUCUUUUACUUGAGUUAUAUAGAUAUCUUUGUGCAAGACCUUCCUUAACUUUAUAUUUUGUGAUGUUUAUAACCUAUAUAUAAAUAUAUAAUAAAUGGAAUAUAACCAGUCA